AUGUCCACCAUUAUUCACACUUUACCCGCUUCUCCUGUCAGCCUGGGAGGCGCUUCAUCGGGCGCCGACUCACCGAUUGCCGACCCUAUUUCCCCCCCACACCAGACAACGGCAGGACCGAAUAAUACUUCGCCGCUUACCGGUGAAGCUCUACUCACACCUCGGACAACGAGUCCCACCAACAGUAGUAACGCCAAUCCAAAUGGCGCAGCAUCUUCCACUGCCUUCAUUGGGACGGGGGGUGUUGUGAGGCGCAAGCCCGCUCGCCGCGCAAAUACUGCUGAACGUCGCGCGACUCAUAAUGCUGUUGAGCGACAGCGCCGCGAAACGCUGAAUAGUCGAUUCCUCGAUCUAGCUGCUCUCCUUCCUAACCUCAUCGCAGUUCGCCGUCCAUCCAAGUCGGCUAUCGUCAACUCGAGCAUUGCUCUCAUUCACACUCAACGCCGGCAGCGUGCCCUCGCUGCCCGUGAACUCCGGCAACUCGUUGCUGAGGCCGAUGCACUUCGUCGUCAAGUUAAUGAAUGGCGUGCAGCCUAUCCGCAUGCCUCAAUUGCAGGUGCCCUUGAAGGCCCCGUUGAGGAGCCCGCGAGAAGUGCAGAGUUUAUCGCGCUCUUGGAACUUGAGAACGUCCCCGAAGAAGUGAUGGCUAUGAAUGAGGCGGAAAGGAUCGCAUUUGAGAUGAGAGGUGGCGAGAACGGUGGGAUGAAUGGGUUUGCGGAUGAGGAUGAUAACGAUUACGGAGAUGAGGAGCUCAAUGUUGAGCCCCGAGGAAGCCAAGGAGUUCCGACUGAAACGAGUAGCACGCAACCCGUUCGCAGUGCAAGCCUUCACGGCCCCACUGGAGUGAAUGUUCCUCCGCGCCCACCGAAUAUCAACGGGGUUCAUUCUCAACCACAACAGCAGCACAAUUCCCCUGUAUCACUCCUUCCCAAUAUCUACCUCCAACAACAACUUGCGUUACAGCAGCAACAGCACCUGCAUGCUCAACAACAAGCUGUAGCUGCCGCCGCCGCCGCUGCCAGUUUCCCUGCUAACUUUGUACCUACCUUCGACCAGAUUUCAAAUACUGCGAGGUUCCCCAAUCUGGGUCUUGCUACUGCUACCCCUGCUACCCCCCAUACGGAUGCGGAACAGGUCGCUGCAUGGAAUCCUCAGUUUUAUGCUUCUGCUUUGGGCCAGCCUCAGCACCAACAGCACCAACAACCUCAGCAGCAGCAACAAUGGACUUCAGCUUUCCAGACUCCGCCUAACUCGUCUCAGGGACCUACAGGCCCUUUUGGUCAAAAUCAGGAAGUCCUUUAUCGACCUCAAUUACAUCGAUCGUUUAACGGCGAUGAGCACUUGGAAAAGAGCGGUUUCCAGGUUCACCCUUUCCGCUCCGAACCGGGCCCCCCUUCGUCGUUUAAUAGUCCUGUUGCGAGUGACGCAGGCGCCAUUAACGUCUCUGGCGGGAACGGUAGCGCGAACAGCGGCCAUGGCAAUCCGAAUGCCGCUCCUAACUCGAUGAUGAAAACUUCGACUUCUGUUCCGAACCUAACGUUGUCGCUGAGCGCUGGGGUUGGGACACCUGCGAGUCAUAUGAUGAGUUCGUCACAUCUGCUGAACCUUGGAGAUGCGAGUGCUAAUGAUGCUGACGGUGGUGGUACAUCGGUGAUGUCUGAUCUGUUUGGAGGUGCCGCUACGUACGGGGGCACUCCCUCUGCUUGGGGAGCCGGGCUUCCUGUAGGUCCCGCUGCCCAUGGACCUGCGACUGGUGCUUUAUGUGGCGGUGGUGCCAUGUCAAUGGCGCCUAUUCCUGUUGGCGGUGGCGGUGGAGGACAGAUGUCGUAUGCUGUGAUGAGCAUGUUCAUCUGA